CCUGUGCGCGCGCUUGAUUGGACUGGGCUAAAGCACAUCUCGCGAGGAGUCGCUUCGCACUGGCCACUGUGGCACUGGAACGAUGGCGGCGGUCGUACGCCGGUUCAGCACUAUAGUAAACAUCAUCAGCGCUUGUAAAAAAGGCACAACCCAAUCGUUCAAAUGGAAAAUCUCCACGCGACGGGUUGUGACAGGGCUGUGCAUCGCGGCAGGUGGACUAGCUGCGUGUCAACAUUGCCGAGUGAAAUCAGUCGACACAACAAGGAGGAUCCACGUAGUCCCGGUUGUGUUUGCUAAAGAAAAGACAAAGAUCUCUGCUGAUGAUGAAGCCGUGGCAAUGUCAGCUCAUGAGCACAGGUUCCGUCUGUUUAGUUCAGUGGAGUACGAAGGGCAGCUUUACAUGACACCACAGGACUUCAUCGAGUCAGUUACCAUGAGUGAGCCAAAGAAAAAAAAGUUUUGGCGAGCCCUGGCAAAACAGGAUUUAGACAAGAUUCUCUCAGAUACACCUCCUGUUUGGAAAGGCUCAUCCAGGCUUUUCAGGAACUUAAAUGAAAAAGGCAUCAUCUCAUAUACAGAGUAUCUGUUUCUUCUUUGCAUUUUGACAAAGCCUCAGGCAGGAUUUAAGAUAGCUUUCAACAUGUUUGAUGCAGAUGGCAAUGAAAUGGUGGACAAAAGGGAGUUUAUGGUGCUAGAGGAAAUAUUUCGUAAGAAAAAUGACAAAAAGGAUAGAGUUGGAGAGAAUGAUAGCAUAUCACAACUGAAUGUGGAACUGUAUGGAUAUCAAGGUUCUGUCAGCCAUGCUGUUCUUAAAAAAGAACAGCAAGAUUUUGUACCUAGAAGCUUCUGGGAUGUGCUGAAGCAUGGUGCAAAAAUAGUUCUCUUUUCAGAUCUGGUGGAGCAUGUACAAGAGAACAUUGUUGACACAACUCUGUUGGUGCAUUUCUUUGGAAAAAAAGGAAAAACCGAACUCAACUUUGAGGACUUUUACAGAUUCAUGGACAACCUGCAGACAGAAGUACUUGAGAUCGAGUUCCUUGCCUAUUCUAAAGGCAUGACCACUAUCAGUGAGGAAGACUUUGCUCGGAUCCUUCUACGAUACACUACUGUGGACAACAUCAGCAGCUACCUGGAGAAUGUACAUCAGAGCAUUCCUGAUGAGAAGGGAAUCACAUUUGAGGAAUUCAGGUCAUUCUUUCAGUUCCUUAACAACUUAGAAGACUUUGCCAUUGCCAUGCAAAUGUAUAACUUCGCAAGUCGACCGAUUGGACAAGAUGAGUUUGCACGUGCAGUCUAUGUGGCCACGGGCUUAAAACUCUCCCAACACCUUGUGAACAUUGUCUUCAAGAUUUUUGACGUGGACCACGAUGAGCAACUUAGCUACAAGGAGUUCAUUGGAAUCAUGAAGAACCGUCUGCAUCGAGGCUCCUGGGGAUAUCAAGGAGCGGAGAGGUUCACCACCUUUAAGGCCUGUAUGAAGAAAGAGCUAUCUGGAAAAUAGUUUGAAGAAAAGAAAAGAAAAAAAAAAGCCUUAUUUAUACCUGUUAUUAUAGCCAUAUUUAGUGUUUGUAGCUAUUCUCAGUGAAAUCUAGUGAUAUUGUCUUUCCCAAAAAACAGGCUUGGUAGUAUGAUAUUGCUUUUUGGAUGUUUCAACAAAAGCACAGCAGGAAAGCACAAUGUGUUUUUACCAAGACUUUGCCUAAGCAUCCUGUUACUCUGCAAUAUUCAUGUGCUGGUCAAUUAACAGAUACUAGACACCAGACAGACACUGGGCCAGUAAGAACAGCCAUUGAAUUAAGUUUUAUGUUAAGAUUCAAGAAAGGAAUUAGUUGAUGAUUUUGCCUAUUAAAAUUGUAUGUAGGAUGUUAGCUGUUACAUUAGGAAUUGUGUAAUUGAAAAUUUACUAUAGCUAGUUACCAUUAGACUAUACAUUAGGCUAUAGCUUGUAAUCAAUUUUUAAUAUUAAUGGUUUAACCCUUUAACAGGCAAUCAAUGAAAUACUCGCACAGAAUCUUUUUAUGUUCAUUCUUACUAAUUAAACCACAUUUAGAUUUUAAUCCCCCCCCCCCCCCCCUAGCAUAGGCAUUAUGGACAGCUGGCUGAUUUGCCUGUUAAAAGUAACAGUGGAAGAGCCUAUUAAAUACAACAAAUGAGCAUUAUGGUUUUACUUUACUUAAAAUUCUAUUGUACACUUUUUUUUUACAUUUUAGCUUAACAAAUUAACAAAUAAGGAGUAGCUCAAGUGAUAUCAGUAUGUGGUUUUCACAUACUCUGUAAGUAUCCAAUAUCUGAAAGAGCCCCCUUGUGAAUUUAUGUCAGAAACAUCAAUCUUAAUCUCUUGAGAUGAAGCAAAAAGUUCGAGCUGAAAUUAUGAACACUACAUAUUUUAAUAAUUAUGAUAGAUGUGUCUAACUGCAUGAUUAAGAUGCCUGUUAAAUAGCUAAAUACUUAAAUGUUAGUGAAACUAGUGAAGAAUACACUCAAAGUACCUCUAAUAUGAUAAGCCAUUGAAUCAGAUUAAGCCUUUACCUCCAGGAUAUCUGCCUAAUACCUUUCCAGUGACACAUUUGCAGAGCCCUUUAACAUAAAAUAAGAAAAAGAUUAAUAUUUACAUUUUACAUACAACCAUUAAAAACAGAAACAUUUUUAAAUAUUUUAUAAAUACUGUAUUUUAUAACCUUGGUUUAACCUAUUCAGGAUUUUGCUCUUCAGGCCUUUUGCAGAAAUGCAAUAUGUUUUCAUUCAACAACCAAGGCAAAAUCAUGGUGGGUUUAUGACUAUAUUUUUCUAUGUAGUCUUCUAUAAUAUGUCAGGACCUAGUAUAUUUAUAAUCAAAAUAUUUUCUGAAGCCAACAUAUACAAUCAGGACUGUUUUAUUGCUUGACUAUGAAAACCAGGUUAUAGUUAAUCAGGACAAUGCCAUACUCCAUGUAGAGGUGAUGCUUAUUCAAUAAGAAGUCUGUGGGAUCAAAUCAAAAAAAUUUGAAAAGCCAAAGUCAGCACUGAUAUCUGUGUAUUAGCCUCUAUCUGUCUUUUGUAAAAAAAACAAAAAACAAAAAAAAAACAAGACUACUGUAAAAGCAUUAAAGAGUGUAUUGUCAUAUGUAAACUGGCUGAAUAAAUAACCUACCCUAUACCUU